GCAGGCUGUGUCGGUCGGUGGGUCGGAAGCGCGGUCACUCAGUCGGUAUCAGUAAAAGGUUCCUUUGCAUUUCCAAAAUAAUUAAUUGAACGCAAAUUUCUUCUGAUAAAUCAACCGAAGACAGCAUUAUCGCCAAUCUUGCGAAAGUGACCAUAAGACCUACCAAAAAAAAGAAAAAAAUUCAAACCAAAAAAAAGCAAUUCAAAUUCAAGAAAUCAUCUCGAUUGAAACAAGUUUAACGUUUUUUUCGUUCGUUUGAUCGCUCGCUCGUCUUUUCUCAUUUGAUUGGUAUUGUAUAGACGAAGUCUUUUCAAAACUGCCCAAAGUCACAGAUCGUCGUCUUGAAACUGCAUCAGUGAAGCCCUGAAACUUGGACUCUAGGAAAUAAAUUUUGUAACUAAAAAAAAAAAAAACACACACACACUCCCAACUAGAAAUGACUGCUAGAAGAGGCAUUAAGCUAUGGUGCAUAGCUCUGGUCAUUUGCAUUGUCAUGGCCAGCAUGUUGCCCAGUGUGGAGGGCAAAACAAAACGGCGAAAUAAACACAAAAACUCCAGUGGCCACAAAACCGGAAGUAGUUCCGGAAGUGGCAGUAGCUCCAAUAAGAAAACACACGCCAGCAGCACUCAUACGGAACACAACAAACUUGAAACCAGUGGUGGAACACAGGAAAACAAACCCUCUAGGCCUAAUCAUCCACAUCAUCAGACAUCAUCUUCAUCACCGGAAAGCCCUCAUCCGGGACAAAAUCAUCCAGGACAAAGUAUACCCGGAAGCAAACAUCCCUAUCACAAACACCCCAGCCAAGGUGGAAACAGCAAUGAGAGUGGUGGUGGUGGUGUGACCCACCAUCGUAUCAUACACAAUCACUCGAGUCCAAAUUCUCCCCAUCCCGGAAAUGGGGUCAAUAAUCAUCCCAAUAAAUCGCCCUCAAAUCAUGGACAUGCCAAACCCAAUCACCCCAGCCAGAGUUCACCCACCCAUGUACCGCCAAUUAAAAAUCAUCCCAUUCACAGUCAUCACCAGAAACCAGAGCAGGGAGAAAUGAAUCCAAUGGAACAGCCCAUUCACAAUCACCCCAGUCAUGGUCAGACGGCGGCGUCGGGUCAUCAUGGUGUUAAGAAUCAUCCGGCCCACAGUUAUCCCAUGCAGGAUCCCCAACCCAGCCCAAAUUAUCCCAACCAUGGGACAAUAACUCAUUACCCCCAUCACAGCUCAUUGCCGCCAAAUGCCCAAUAUGUACCGGCGGGUGCAGCAUAUCCCACCGCCGGUGUGGUCUAUGUCCAGCAGGCACCUUCGUACGAUGAUUUGGCCUAUGAGGAGGGUAGGGUCCUUGGCCGUAGAAUAGCUGCAGCCAUACGCCGCAGAAAUCGCCGCAAACAACAGGAACAACAACGGACAAAUAGCACAGCUGGCAGUACCACAGCUGUGCCAGCAAAUGACAUCGUGGCCGAUGGUCCACCAAAUCCAAAUGCAGCACCCCAUGGUGUUGUGUGUGUGCCUAUCAAACUUCCCCAGCCGGAUGCUCAAGAUCCCAUGAAAACUCAGGAAAUUGAACAGACCGUAUGUUAUCCAGCUCCGGCUCCACCAACACAGAAACCCUUCAUACCCGACGGAGCAAAUGUUCCAAUGGCACCAUUGCAACAGCAGCCACAGGCAAUGCCAUCAGGACCCAUGGCUAUGCCCUCAACUGUUCCAAUGAGUUUGGGACAAUCAGCACCAACAAUGUCCCCAAUGCCCACCAUUCCACAACAGGGUAUGCCAUCAACAACUGUUCCAAUGAGUAUGGGGCCGGUGUUUAUGCCAAAUACGGCAGCGGCACCACAACAACAAAGUGUUGCCACAAAUGUUCCAGUGAUGGCGCCACAAUCAGCACCCGUUUAUAUGCCACAACAGGAUGCUCCCGCAGAACUCCCCGUCCAAUCAGCACCGGUAUAUGUGCCUCAAAUGAAUAGCCUGCCCCAGCCAACUAUUUCAUCUGCGGUCCCAGCAAGUUUAGCUCCCUCCGGUCCAGUAUAUGUACCAAAUGCAGCACCAGCUUAGGCUCUUCUCCCCGCUCAGAAAUGGCACUGCGAUCCGCGGCGGCACGUAUUUAUUUAUUUUUAUGUGUUCCAAAACCUAUGUUCAAAGAAAUAUUCCAAACACAUACCCAUACAAAGUGUAUACAUUAUUUA